GAGCAGUCAGUCAGUCUAGCGAGUUUCGAGGUGCUUUGAAAGAAAAGGGGUCGAGGGGGAUCCGUUUCCUCGCUUUCUUGAUCUCUGCGCCAUCGCUCCUCUUUUCAUCCUCAUCCCCUCAGGAAUCCAACACUUCCAGUCAUGAGCGAGCAGAACGACAACACCACCCCUCCCACCAACAAGCUCUCGGGAUUGAACCUGAACCCCAACGCUGGCAGCUUCAUCCCCCGCGUUGCAGCCAAGCCCUUCGUGCCCUCAUGGAUGCCCCAGCCCGCUGCUGCCGCCCCUCCCGCAGCACCCUCCUCCUCGGGUAUCGACUUCAACCGUCCUCCCCCCGCUGCUGUCUUGAACAAGAGCGCUGAGACCGCCCCUGCCCCUGCCCCUGAUUCCUCGGCAAUCGACUUCAAUCGUCCUCCCCCUGCAGCCGUCUUGAACAAGACCGUCGAAACCGCCCCUGCUCCCGCAGCUGCUCCUGCCCCCAAGCCCGCUUCGCCAGCACCCAAGGCCCCUGUCGCUGAGGCACCGAAGAAAAAGGCUGAGGCACCUAAGCCCGCCCCCGCCCCCGCCGCUGCUCCUGCACCCGUCGAGGAAGAAGAGGAUGUCGAUCAAGAGACAUUGGACGAGUUUUUCGGAAAGGAACACGUCAACGUUAUCUUUAUCGGACACGUCGAUGCCGGAAAGUCGACCAUGGGAGGCCGUAUCCUGGAGGCCACUGGAAUGAUCGACAAGAGAACUCUGGAAAAGUACGAGAAAGACGCCAAGGAGGUCGGAAGAGAUUCUUGGUGGUUGUCCUGGGCUUUGGAUACCAACGCUGAGGAGCGUGCCAAGGGUAAGACUGUCGAGUGCGGACGUGCUUAUUUCGAGACCGAUCUCCGCCGCUAUACCAUCUUGGACGCUCCUGGGCAUAAGACCUAUGUUCCCAGCAUGAUCGGAGGUGCCGCACAAGCAGACUGUGCUGUUUUGGUUAUCUCUGCUCGUAAGGGAGAGUUCGAGACUGGAUUCGAAAACGGUGGACAGACCCGUGAACACGCCCAGUUGGCCAAGAGCGGAGGAGUCAACAAGCUGGUGGUUGUGAUCAACAAGAUGGACGACCCUACCGUGAACUGGUCCAAGGAGAGAUACGAUGAGUGUGUUUCCAAACUGACACCCUUUUUGAAGGCGAACGGAUACAACAUGAAGACCGAUGUCGUGUUCAUGCCCGUUUCUGGAUUCACCGGAGCCAACAUCAAGAAGAGUCUCGACGCCAAGGAGUGCGACUGGUACAAGGGACCCUCGCUGUUGGAUUAUCUGGAUCAGCUCAAGAUGGCCGAGCGCAAGGUUGGAGCUCCUCUUCGCAUGCCCAUCAGUGAAAAAUACAAGGACAUGGGUACGGUCGUCGUCGGAAAGAUUGAGGCUGGGUCGAUCAAGAAGGGUGCUCAUCUUUUGAUGAUGCCCAACUCUGCCAAGGUCGAGGUCCAGGCCAUCUUCAACGAACUUGAGGAGGAGAUUCCAGCAGCGGCCGUUGGUGACAACAUUCGUCUGCGUCUCCGUGGUAUUGAAGAAGAAGAUAUCAUGAUCGGAUUCGUGCUCUGCAGCCCCAAAAACCCCAUUCAUGCUGUUUCGAGGUUCGAGGCUACUUUGGGAAUUUUGGACCACAAGAACAUUAUCUGUGCCGGCUACACGGCAGUAUUGCACAUCCAUAACGCGAUUGAAGAGAUCACACUAUCGGCGAUGCUUCAUUUGAUCGACAAGAAAACCGGUCGCAAGUCGAAGAGACCCCCACAGUUCUUGAAGAAGGGCCAGCAGGGUAUUGUGAUGAUUGAGACCGGAGGACCGCUUUGUGUCGAGACGUUUGCAGAUUCGCCUCGCAUGGGUCGCUUCACGCUCCGUGAUGAGGGCAAGACCAUCGCCAUCGGAAAGAUUACCAAGCUCCACUACGAUAACGAGAAAGCCUAAAUCAGCAUCAGCAUCAACAUCAGCAUCGUGUCGCCGAAUGCGGAUACCAUUAAAAUAAAUAAAGUAAGGCGAAGAACCCACAAAGGCAUAGAACGAAAUAUUUAUUUUAUG